ACAAAAGGAUUAAUGAGAGUAAUUAGGCGUACCGUGGUUAAGUUCAAACUCUGUGUGCGUGGGAGUAGAAAACAAGGAGGGAAAGGCAAUGAAGACGAAGUUGGACAGAGGAAAACCCACCUGGAAGCCUUUGACGGCUUUCCCUAUCCGUAGAGAGAGAGAGAGAGGGAGAGAGAGAGAGAGGAGUGGGGCGAGUUGAGAUUUUGUUUUUUGAUUUAGAAGCAGACACGAGGAUGUCCUCGCUGGCUCACCUUACAAUUGGUUCUUACCAAAGGAUUUGUCUGUUUUGGAGAGUAAUUAUGGUCUCAGCAAUCCCCCUUUGGAAAACCCUCGUCAGAUUACGAGCAAUGAAUGUGUAUAUAUACCCUACCCCGCUCCUUCAUUUUCCCUGCCCAGAACCCUCUAUUCUUUGCUCAUUUGGUUCAACCACUAGAGGGUUAGAGAGAGAUUCUGGAGUUACAGCUUUCUCCGUAUCUGUAAUCCCUGCAGUUCUGUCGCUGUGUACUGCAGCAAAGGCUCGUGAAACCUAAUUGUACUUCAUUGGAAGUACAUAAUUGCCAUCAUGGAAGAUCAAAGGAGCUCCUCCAAUUCUAUUUCUUCUUUUAACCAUGGUUCCGAUGUCACUUACCAAGGUUUGAUACAACAAAAUAUAGAGUCUGUGAAUACUGAGUAUGGAUGGUUGCCUUCCCCAGUCUCCAAUGUUGGAGCCAGUCUGAUCUUGGCCGAAGCGCAUCCAGAGCAGAAUAAUCAUAUGAGCACAAGUAGUGGUCUGGUUACGCUUGGGUCAUCAACUUUGCAAAGUGCGACUUCCGAUGCUGUCACGGCUAAUCUUGACCAGAAUUUAGCAUACGAUGACAGCGAUGUGGAUGCUGACCAGGAAAUAGGUGUGGAUCAUGGGAAUCAAACUUCAAGUUUGGAACGAAAUGCAGCACUUCUGCGGAGAAACAUCCGUCGGAGAAUGAAUCCGGCAAAUGAGCAAGAUUUUUUUAAUUCAAGCUUGUCUUCUGCUUCACCUGAUGACAGUUCCCAACUGUUUCAGCCUUCUUAUCGGAAUUGGGUGACUAGUCCAAGCUCUACCAGUAAUGCAGUUGGCUCUCUUUUUGUUGCUACAAGUGGAGGUUAUGCAUUUCGGCAACAAGAGAACUCCCAGUACAUCCCCAGAAGUGCCUCUUUGCAGAGUAUGCUUGUUUCUGGAACUGAGAGGGGGAAUUCGAGCCGCCAACAUCUAAUGACUUCAAGAGUUGUCCCCAGGAAUUAUAAUUCUCAGAAUGGCGCAUCAGCCGCCCCUGCAGGUACUCAGCUAUCUCAUCCCCUGGUGUUUCCUCAGCAAAAUGUAACUAGAAGUUUUCCAAGUAGCUUUACUAAUGUCGUCCAUCCGUCCUCUGUGAUGAGAUCUGCUGGUAUUGAUUCUGGAGGCCAGGUUGGUUACCAGAUGCCACAGCCUUCAACUGCAGCCACUGCCAUGAUGAACAUUAUUCAAUCUCGAUUUGGUAAUGGAAGGGCAUUUCAGGCUAAUGAUGUGGUGCCUCGUAGUUUGCCUCCAUCACAGGCUGUCAUUGAUGACCAGUCGAGAGCUAGACUGCAAAGAACGGUUCGCCAAGCCUUCAAUAUUCUACAAGCGGCUGGUGCCUUCGAUCAUUACGAGGGUGGGAUGAUACACGGCCCCUCGUUUUUUGAAGAAGAACCUGAUGUCUAUGACAAUUUGCGCCUGGACGUCGACAACAUGUCCUAUGAGGACUUGUUGGCUUUGGAAGAUCAUAUUGGACAUGUCGGCACUGGCUUGACUGAAGAAACUGUUUUGGGGGCUCUAAGGCGGGUUACUUAUCAAUCAAUGAGAUUAGGAACUCCAGCAGAAGAAAUUUGUGUUAUAUGUCAGGAGAACUUUGCAGACUGCGAGGAACUUGGAGACCUCGAUUGUGGGCACAAAUAUCACUUCGAUUGCUUGAGGCAGUGGCUUGUUCACAAGAAUACUUGCCCAAUCUGCAAAACUACUGCGCUGGCUGUAUGAGCAAUAUCAUGUCUCGGGGGCACCCUCUUCCACCAAAUCAGAUAUCAUUUGCAAAUUGGUUGAUCCCUCUAAACUUCUCUUUUUCACAUGCCGUCAAAACUCCUUUCUUUUUCUUCUCUUUCUCUCACAGCACAUUUCAGCAAUAGCAGGUUUUGGAUUCCUAAGUUGAGACCUACCCCAGGGUUUUUGAAAAACUCAAGUCUCAAUAGUUUUCAGACAAUUGUAUUUCCAAUUUGACAGCUAGCUUUGUUGUUGAGGUUUUUUCGCAAGUGCCGCUUUGGUCGGUGAACUCCUGGACAGUUUCUGCUAAAUAAACAGUUGUUUUAGACUU